AUGGGUGCCAUACCGGAAAAAUGUGGGGAUCUAGGUCCAUGCAUGGUUACUUGUAUUAUUGAUGGUGUACAAUUUUUUGACUGCAUGUGUGAUUUAGGCGCAUGUGUGAGUAUUAUGCCAUUAUAUGUAUAUGAUGCCUUGAGGCUCCCUCCCUUAAAAAGGUCGGCAGCACGUUUUGUUUUGGCAGAUAAGAGCAUUAUCUCAGUGGCUGGAAUUACUGAGGACGUACCAGUGAGCAUUAAGGGGCUAAUAUUUCCUAUUGACUUCUACAUUUUGGAGAUGCCCCCUAAUGAAUCAGGAAGACCAUCAUCCAUCCUGCUUGGAAGGCCAUUUCUGAAGACUUCAAGGUUCAAAUUAGACGCCUUCUCAGGAACUUAUUCUUUUGAGAUAGAUGGCAGUACAGUGAGCUUUAACCUGGAUGAAGCUAUGAAGUACUCACCGAAAGAUCACUCCAUCUUCCAGUGUGACAUUAUUAAUGAGACUGUGGCUGAAGUUCACCAAGAAGAGGUAGAAGAGAUGCUUAUGGAGCAAGAGGCAAGUGUGGGGACACCCCCUGAGCUUACUGAAGAUAACUUGCCACCACAAAUGGCUCUAGAUGAUCAAGAACCUAGCCAUGAACAGAAAAUGGAGUUGAAGCCCCUUCCACCCCACCUUAAGUAUGCUUACCUUGAGGAUAAUUAG